AUGGCUGGAUUUUGGAUUGGCAAGGAGACUCAGGAGUGGAUGAAUUUGUGGCUGACGCGGGCCCUGGUUCUUUUGAGCUUCGCUGCGCAUCUUACCCUGGCCCUAUUAGCCGGGAUCCGUCGGCGUAGGGACUCCGGCGUGCGGAGGUUUCUUGUGUGGUUGGCGUACUACUUCACCAAGUAUGGCACGCCAUUCGCCCUCGGCAAGGUGUUCCUCGACACCGCAAACAGCGAGCAACAGCUGAAGGUGUUGGGUGACACCGCGACUGUGUAUAGCGAGCAGCAGUUGAAGGAGUUGGUCGACAUCGCGACCGCGUAUAGAGAGCAGCUGAUGUUUGCGUUCUGGGCGCCGUUUCUCCUGCUCCACCUUGGUCGCCCGGACAACAUCACCAGCUAUGCCUUGGAGAACAAAGGGCUGUCGGUGCCCCGCAUCGUCGGUCUCAUCGUUCAAAUUGGAGGAGCUAUCUAUGGCUCAUACAAUCAAGGAUUUAUGCACGGCGAUGGGGCUCUGCGCGCAGCCUUCUUCAUCAUGCUCUUCUUUGGUUCCUAUAAGUUUGCGGAGAGGGCAGUUGCACUAUACCGAGCUUCCUUUGCCAACAUUCGCUGCUCAAACGAGAAAAAGGGUGUACGGCGCUUCCAACAAGAGUGGGAUAAUGAUGACGCCCUGUUUCAAGCUCACGGCCACCUCAGUAUCAUCAUGGGUGCCUUCGCUGAGAAUGAAGUCAACAGUGGUGGUUAUCUGAGUUCUUAUUCUGGUUGGAAGGAGGUGAGCAAGGUGGUGGAGAUGGAGGCGUCACUCAUGUACGACAUCUUGUACACCAAGGCAAGCGUGGUACACACUUGGGCUGGCUACACCAUCCGUGUCCUCUCGCCGCUCGCCACCUCCACCGCGCUCUAUCUCUUCCACCAUAAACUGGGCCAGGCCAUGGUGAGUGCAGAUCUGGUGGUCACAUACAUCUUGCUUGUUGGUACCCUGAUGUUGGAUCUGAGAUGGCUGCUGAGAGCACUAGGGUCUACAUGGACAUAUGCAUUCUUGGUUGAUAUAGAGGAAGACGAAGAAGAAGAAAGCAAAGGUCGCCAUCGCUGGCUGAAGAAGGCAGGUGGUCGGGCUAUUCUGGCUGGGAAGCAAUCAUGGUAUUUUCUUCGUCGCUUCCUCGUCUGUCUGGAUCUGUCGCGGCUGUCACUGAGAAGCGGACCAAGUGGGCACAGGUUGUUGCCGAGCUCGGGCGUCGGACAGCGAAACUUGUUGCAGGCGUUCUCUACUCCUCCUCCUCCUCCUCGGGGCCGGCUCGAGAAGUUGUUUUCUCUUCGCGCUGGACCGAGGAAGUGGAUGAUGAAUGUCAAGGAUCAGUUGUUGGAAACCUAUCUUCAUUAUGAUAUCGAUAUUUAUUAUAUUGUCAAGAGGCAUCCAUCAAGUGAACUCGGUGAUUAUAUGAGGUCUAAUGCCAAGAACUAUAGUUUCGAAAGGAACCUCAUUGCAUUCCACGUCGCCACAGACAUUUUCCUCUUGUGCAAGCAUCCGUCGCCAAGGAUAGAAGAUGAAGCAUCAGCGGAAUAUGAGAAGCAGAUCCGAGCUCUAUCAGACUACAUGAUGUUCCUCCUGGCUGAACGCCAGCACAUGGUAUUGCCACCAGGUCACGAGGCCAGCGACUACAAAAAGGUGUGCCUCGAUUUGGAGAGAAUAUGGCAUGGAAGACCAUCCAGCGGUUCACAAACAACAAGAGAGGCCGAGCUUGCCAUCAUCCUUCUAGAGAUGUAUGAGACUUCGGUUGACAGUGGCCAGGAAAGAAAUGAAACUCUCAUGCUUGGUGCUGACUGGGCCUUGAAGCUGUUACAUGAGCUGGAUCCCGCAACUUAUGAUUCUGGACGGCAUUCAGCAACUGUCGGGAUACGCUCCAAGGUCCAAUCUGUUCGCAGACUUGAAGAUUUCAUACUGGUAUUCACUGAUGAGGCACGAGAGGAAAUUAAAGAACACAGGAAACAAUUAAAUCACCUCCAUUAUAUGUUGCAGCUGAUUCUUUCUUCAUGGUUACGUCUUCUCUCCUUCACGUCAAAAGAAUGCAGCAAGGAUUCCCAUGCCAAGCAGCUCAGCUGUGGUGGUGAGCUCUUAACCAUCGUCUGGCUAAUGAAUCAACACCAUGCCCUGAAGAUCCAUUACUAG